UGAGCUCAAAGUCAGCUCGGCAAAGUCUGUGACCCAUGGCGGCUGCCGCCUGUGCCUUGUUGGGUGGUUCCGCCAAGGGUGCCACGCCGGCACCCAGCACCGGGAGCUCUGGUGCCAAAGCGGCACUGGGUUUGCUUGGCGGCAAAGCCCCAGCAGUUGCAGCUGCAGCCCCAGCUUCAGCUGUCGCAGUGGCGAAACCAGUGUUGCCAGGACCACCUACAGGCGACGUGGCGAAGCCGGUGCUACCAGGACCACCUACCGUCGCUGUGGCGAAGUCCCUGUUGCCAGGACCACCUACAGAUACGCUUCCACAUGGCCCAGCUGCAAGCUCCAGCGUUUCUUCGGCCUUGGGGAUGCUGGGGAAAUCUUCACCACCUGCAACUCCGGCAUUGAGCAAAACGGCUCCAGUAGCACCCACCGCACCAGCUGGUGCUUCAGCUGCCCUGUCAGUGCUGGGCAAAACAGCGCCCCCACCGGUGGCUGCAGCACCUGCGGCCGCUGCCCUGAGUGUCCUGGGCAAAGCACCAGCUGCCCCAGCUGCCCCGGUCAAAGCACCGGCUGCUCCAGCUGCACCAGAGGGCCCUGCAUCACCUGCAUCACCUGCAGCGGCCGCAGCCCUGGAUGUGUUGGGCAAAUCACCUGCAACAUCUGCAGCUAAAGCACUAGGUGUUUUGGGUGCAGCGCCCGCACCGGUUGGGGUCGCACCAGCCGCACCUGCGGCCGCUGUGGCCGCGCCGGCAGCGCCGCCUGCGGCGGCGUCUCCGAUAGUCAGCAAGAGCUGUCCACCUCCGCCAGGUGGACCCUAUGGGGUCCGACCGGCACCUGCUGCACCAGAUGCACCGGACAAGGUGUCAGCUGCUUUGGAAGUGUUGGGUGAAUCUGCCACUGCCUCUGCACCCUCCGCGCCCCCCGCGGCGCCGCCUGCAGUAGCACCAGCGCCGGCCACUAGCGAGAUGAUGCAGAAAGUGGAUGAAGGUCUCUUGGGGCCGUUCGAGGCAGAGGACCUCCGAUUGCGGCUUGGAGACGGCAUGCUGAUGCAGGCGCUCAGCUACGCCAUCGACCGUGGCAAGUUGAAGGCUGUGUUGGCGCUGGCGGAGGAGAACUUUUAG